GCUCCUGUCCUGCCCGUGAACAAUGCCCGGUCCUGGUGAGCACCUUCGCGGCAGGAAGCCCAGAGCUGCGCCCGCCUAUUUGAAAGGCCGUGGAAGCGGGUAGGGUGGGCGCAUCUGAGCCUGCCCCAUCCGGAUUUGGAUGAGGUCUUGUCGGUGCUGUCCUUCAGCGUGAGCACCAAGAUGGGCACCCCAGCCUCUGUAGUGAGUGAGCCACCUCCUUGGCAGGCCCCAACUGAGGCCCGGGGCCGCAAAAAGGCCUCAGCCAACAUCUUCCAGGACGCUGAACUGCUGCAGAUCCAGGGCCUAUUUCAGCGCAGUGGAGACCAGCUGGCUGAGGAACGUGCACAGAUCAUCUGGGAGUGUGCCGGGGACCACCGGGUAGCAGAGGCCUUGAGGAAGCUGCGCAGGAAAAGGCCCCCAAGACAGAAGCCUCUGGGCCACUCUGUCCACCACUGCAGCCGACUCAAAACCCCAGAACCCUGUACUCCACUGGCUGAACCACAGGGCAGUGCCACGGAGAUGGCUUCCAGUGACCAGUAUCUGAACUCUAGAAGGGCAAGUGCCAGGAUCCGCCAGAACUGGAGGAAGCCAGGCCCCACAAGCUACCUCCAUCAGAUCAGACACUGAUUCAGGCAAGUGGCUGAGAAUGGCAGUAUCUUCCCCAGGAAUUAUAGGAAUUUUUGCCAAAGGGCCUGGGGAGGUAAAGAAGAGAUGGAGGCAUAAAUCAAUGACCGCUGCUACUGGCUUGCAAUGAACAGGACUGGAGGCUUCCACGGAGCAGCAUAUUAUGUGGAACCCAUUCCUCACCAGAAUAGGAAACGGCCACUGUUCCUGCUCAGCCUUUCCCAAUCUAACACUAUAGCUGGGCUGCAUGAUAUUCCCCUGGAGUCAAGUGUCAAGCACUCAGCCUGAGCACGCACCACUCCUCAUAGAGCCCUCCCACUACUGUCACCCAGUGGUCCAGCAGCCUGUUCCCCACCCCUUCCCCUCAGGCCGGCACAAGGAAACUAUGGUUUAAGUGGCAAAAUAAAAAUAUUUGCAUCAAGAACUGUGUCUGUCACAGAAAGG